CGUGACGUGCCAGUGCCUGGCACUGGACGUGCUUGCAGAUUUCUCGGAGUGUCCGCGUCUGCUCCAGGCCUUUUCUUAUGCUUUACCGGCCGGCCAGCGUAGGUGGUGUUCGCUUGGUUCUGUGGCUGUUCCAGCGCGUUGCCGUACGGCUUUUUCGCGGACCAGCGUGUACACUGAACUAGUGUUACGGGACCCCAGCUAUAGUAUACAAGCGGGAAAAGCCAAUGUCGUACUGCAAGAACUUCGGGAAAGACCAAGUAAUUUUCAUCACUAAGGAAGAUCACGAGAAACCUAGCACAAUACAACUGCCCGAUGACCCAGACGAUGAAAAACGAGGCUUGAUUCUUCCCAAUGGUGACAUCAACUGGAACUGCCCAUGCCUGGGAGGCAUGGCUACCGGCCCUUGUGGACCACAAUUUCGGGAAGCCUUUUCCUGCUUCCACUACAGCACAUCUGAGACCAAAGGGAGCGAGUGCUUUAACCACUUCAAGGCCAUGCAGGAAUGCAUGUCUCAGUAUCCAACCCUCUACCCCGCUGAUGAUGAUGACGAUGAACAGGCAUCGCAUAAAGCUAAUCCUGGCAAGGAGGAGGUCACCGGACUGGGAUAUGCACUAUCCAAGACAAGUGCUGUGACAGAAAAUGAGCCACCGAAAGAGGACAAGAGAGUUGCUAGCCAGUGAGAGUGAUUGUAAAUACUAGUCUGUACAUAAACAAAAAGGCUUUUGGCAAAGACAAUCUCUGUCAUGCGUAUUAUCUUCCAAGUACGCUGUCACUUCGCAGCAUUGGUAAGUUGCAGAUUAAAUCGAGAGAUGCUGGACCUCAUGACAAAUCUCCCUUCCUAUUGAGAUGUUUGUGUUGCUGUUGUGGGCAUAAAUUUUGCAGCAACUGAUGCAACAUUAAUAAAAGCAAUUUCUUGACUAGUGUUUUUUUUAUCUAGAGGAUAGUUUGAGACCACUUGGAGUUAACAGUGUCCUUAAAAUUUUUAUGUAAUCUUAAUGUAUGUGAACAUGCCAUGCCUGUUUUGUAGUGCAGGCCAGCAGAAACAAAUGGACACCUGUGGCCACAAUCGUUUGAGUCUAACAAAUGCAUAUUAUUUAUGCUGCUGUCAGCCUACUAAGUAGGUUACAAUCAUUUUUGCAAGUGCCAUUGGGGGAAGUGCACUUUCCCUCUUAUAAUAGUUGUGACAUCCUGUAUGCACUGCACUAAAGUGUUAGAAGUAAUAAAUGUUUUGUUAGCAAUUCCAC